AUGAGGAGCCGCUCGCAGCUAUUCACAGCACAGGGUGUGGUUUGGCUCGGAAGUUUGUGCGUGCAGCGAGCCUCACCAACCAGGAGGGAAGGCCCUCUACAGGAUCUCAAGGACAAGCUGAACAGUGGCGGAAGCCUUGUUCUCAACUCAAGCGGCACGAAGAGGCACAAGAGCCUGCCGUCCGCCGUGCCCCAUGCCGACGUUUUUUUGCGCUCGUCCUUGCAAAAGAUUGGGUUCUAUGGGAUUGCGCUGUGCGAGGUGGAAUCAACAGGGGCGCGGUUAAACGAGCUUGUUGGUGUCCUAAGUGGCUGGUGUGGGAUCUACGGCUAUGCUUUGCCCCCGCAGGUCGGCAGCCCAAAUACGCUGGGCGAGCGGGCACCCACGCGAGGCUUCGAAGGGGGGCACGAGCGGUGGAAUGAACACCCUCCGAAGGGCUCCGCGGCAGGUUGGGCAAGUGCUGUGGCGGAAACAGUCGCUGCAGCUGGAGAGGACGGGGCUUUCUGUAUGUGCGUGAGGAGAGGGGUUUGCGGAGGAUGGGCUUCUUCCGUUGGUCAUUGCCAACCCCGUGAGCGAGGCCUUAUACUGUUCGGAGCUGCCUGUGCGCGAACCGCUGGUGGGGGCGUCCCCCCUCAUUUCUGCCUGUGGUGUGAAGUACUUCUUGUGUGGGACGGGAACGAGGGCACCGACGCACGGUGUGCGAAAAGUGGUACUAGUGAUGAGAAGGAAUACAAAAUAUUCUACUCACCUGCACUCUGUUUGACUGCCUGUUUUUCUGUUUUGUUUUGUUUUGAUUUCGGUGUUGUUGUUUUUGGUUUCUGGUGGAGAGGGACCUCGGCGACGUCGUCAUGGCACGGGACGGUGAUGAGUAGGGCGUCGCGAAGUGGGCGAGACGCGCGUGUCGCAUGUCCACGACGAAGCCUGUGA